AUGGAGCUGUCUUUAGACCCACUGGUGUCAGUUCAGAACCCCAAGGUGCAGUGCACAGGCUGCAGCAGCACUGACCAGCAUCCAUGACUCUUCUGUUGGAGCAAGCCAGCAAAAGCGCUCUCCUGUUCUGGAUGUGAAGAGACUUCACUGUGCCCGGUGGAGAAAUACUGCUCUUGAUUUGUGUCCUCCAUAAUCAAAUCUCCCACUGAAAUCAACCACAAAAAAGGAAAAAAAGAAAUGAUAAAAUUUUUUCUUAUGGUAAACAAACAAGGUCAAACAAGGCUCUCCAGGUAUUAUGAGCAUGUAGAAAUUAACAAGAGGACAAUACUGGAAGCUGAAGUAAUCAAAAACUGUCUCUCCCGUUCAAAGGAUCAGUGCUCUUUCAUUGAGUACAAGGACUUCAGGCUGGUGUACCGACAGUACGCAGCCCUUUUUGUGGUUGUUGGAAUCAAUGAGACAGAGAAUGAGAUGGCAGUAUAUGAACUAAUACAUAAUUUUGUGGAAGUUUUGGACAAAUACUUCAGCAGAGUGAGUGAAUUAGAUAUCAUGUUCAAUUUGGACAGAGUGCACAUCAUUUUGGAUGAAAUGGUGCUAAAUGGCUGUAUCGUGGAAACAAACGUGAACAGAAUUCUUGCCCCUCUGCUUGUGCUUGACAAAGUAGCAGAAAGCUAGGAAGAUGCAAGACUGACUAAAGCAUUUUGCAGAAGAUGGUGAAACCAUCAACAGUGGUGUCCCUAUGCCAUAGGACUAAUUCAUCCAGUGCUAAAGUUAGCUGGAAAAUAUUCCCCGUUUCUCCAAUACCCUUCAUACCUCAUGGAAAGAUAACAGCUAAACAUGAAGUGGAAUCUUACAUUUCAGCUGCAGCUUUAGUGCCCCAGCAGAAAUCUUGCUAAAGCAGUCAACAUUGUAAAAAACUGAUUGAGGAUAAAGUCAUGGCAACUUACACAUGACUGCCUAGGGAUCACUUUGAAUGAUGUAGCAUUCUGCCAGACCUAUGAGAAGACAAAAUAUGGAAAUAUAAAUUCAGUGCUUCCUUAAAGCACCAACUCAAUUGUUUACUUUUCAUACAAAUGUAAACUGAAGUUCUGCAGCUCUUGGGGCCACUUCAUCCUUCAUCCAAACCCCAACUUUCACUCCCUUUUCCAUGGAAGUUACGGUGACAAAAGAAAUGCAAACAGAAGUACAGAUGUAUUUAGUAUUCCUGCAUCCCAUAGAAGUUGUAACUACAAGUAUUUGGCACUUAAUAUUAUAACCUUA